UUUGUUUAUAGAUACAGAUAACUCAUUCAUUGUCGGCGGCUGUUUUGCCGUUCACAUCUUAAAAUUUUUAAACGGACAUGGCCACGUAUAACAGAUUAUGCUGGAUUUUCAUAUUAUCUAUUCUUUGUGUUAUUCAACCAUUUAUAAAAUGUGUAGACAGAGGAAAUUUCAAAACUUGUGAUCAGAGUGGAUUUUGCAAGAGGCAUCGCAGUAUUCAACCUGGACGUUCACCUUAUUAUUUAGAAAUGAGCAAUUUUAAAAUUUACCCAACUCGUUUAGAAGGAGUUCUAAUCAAUUCUCAGAAUGGCAUAAUGCUAAAGUUUGAUUUAAUAACUUUGAAACAUAAUAUGAUACACAUGAAAAUAACUGAAUUGAAUCCAAUUAGACCUAGGUUUGAAGCACGCGAAGCUUUAGUUGGAGAACCUGAGGAAUCUAAUUUACAGGUCGUGUCUCAGGAUUCUGAAAAAUUAGUUGUACAGUUUGGCCCUAAUAAAAUUAUUCUAAAUGGAAGCCCUUUCAGAAUGGAUAUUUUUUCAAAUGAUCAACUGGUAAUUAGUGCCAAUGCACGUGGUCUGAUGAAAUUUGAGCAUUAUCGUCCAAAACCCAAUCAGAAGCCCACUGAAGAAGGUGAAGAACAGAAUGAAAUCCAGCAGCAGCAACCACCUGUACCUCCAGAUGAAGAACAGUUUAAAGAUACUUUAUGGGAAGAAACUUUUAAAGGACAUACUGAUUCUAAACCAAAUGGACCAUCUUCUGUUGGAAUGGAUUUCUCAUUUAUUGGAUUUAAUCAUGUUUAUGGCAUUCCUGAACAUGCCGAUGUGUUUCCUUUAAGGACAACAAAGGGUUCAACUGAUCCUUAUCGGUUAUAUAACUUGGAUGUUUUUGAAUAUGAGUUGAACAAUCCUAUGGCUAUAUAUGGUUCCAUCCCUUUCAUGAUUGCACACAGUGAAAUGACUUCUGUGGGCCUGUUUUGGUUGAAUGCAGCUGAAACAUGGGUUGAUGUUGAAGCAUCAUCAAGUCAAGGUGUCGUUUCUUCUAUUGUGGACUUUGUUAAAGGCAACAGUCAAAUACCUCAGCAAGAUACUCAUUGGUUUUCAGAAAGUGGUAUUAUAGAUACAUUUUUUCUCCUUGGUCCAGGUCCAAAAGAUGUCAUGUUUCAAUAUGCAAAACUGACAGGAUCUACACAGUUACCUCCACUUUUUGCAUUGGGUUAUCAUCAGAGCCGAUGGAACUAUCGCGAUCAAGAUGAUGUCAGAAAUGUAGAUGCAGCAUUUGAUGAACAUGAUAUUCCAUAUGAUGUUUUGUGGCUCGAUCUUGAUCAUACACAUGAUAGAAAAUAUUUCACAUGGGAUCCAUAUAAGUUUUCUGACCCUAUUGGUAUGUUGAAUAAUCUUACUUCAAAAGGUCGCAAAAUGGUUACCCUUGUAGAUCCUCACAUCAAACGUGAUGGUAAUUAUUAUAUUCAUAAAGAAGCUACUGAUAAAGGAUACUAUGUUAAAAACAAAGAAAAUCAGGAUUAUGAAGGUUGGUGUUGGCCUGGCUCAUCUAGUUAUUUAGAUUUCUUAAGCCCUGAGAUUCGUGAUUGGUGGGCUUCAAAAUUUUCUUUGGAUCAAUAUCAAGGUUCAACCUUAUCCUUGUAUACCUGGAAUGACAUGAAUGAGCCUUCUGUAUUCAGUGAACCAGAAGUUACCAUGCCAAAAGAUGUGAGACAUGUGGGUGGCUGGGAGCAUAGAGAUGUUCAUAAUAUUUAUGGAAUGUUAAUGGUUAUGGGUACUUACAAAGGUCAUUUAAUGAGAAGCAAUGGAGCCCAAAGGCCUUUCAUUUUAACAAGAUCAGUGUUUGCUGGUUCUCAGAGAUAUGGUGCUGUUUGGACAGGAGAUAAUAUUGCUGACUGGGCACAUUUGCAAAUAACCGUUCCUAUGAUUUUAAGCUUGAGUGUAACUGGUUUAUCUUUCUCUGGAGCUGAUGUUGGUGGUUUCUUUAGAAAUCCAUCUCCAGAACUCAUGCUGCGAUGGUAUCAAGCUGGAGCUUAUCAACCGUUUUUUAGAGCUCACUCACAUCAUGAAAGUAAACGACGAGAGCCUUGGCUUUUUGAUGAGGAAUAUAAGCUGCUUAUGCGGGAUGCCAUUCGUGUCAGAUAUACUCUUCUACCUUAUUGGUAUACUCUAUUUUUUGAAAAUGAGGUUUCUGGUGUACCACCUAUGCGACCACUUUGGAUGGAGUUUCCAAAUGAAACACAAACAUUUGGCAUGAAUGAUGAAUACAUGUUAGGUUCUUGUCUGCUUGUUAAACCAGUAUUGGAAAUUAGUGCAACAAGUAUUAACAUCUAUUUUCCUGGAAUAAAUGAGGUUUGGUAUGAUAUAAGCAACUAUAAGCGAUAUGCUGGUGGACAAACUGUUUCAUUGCCUGUUACUUUAGCUACAAUUCCAGUAUUUCAGAGAGGAGGCACCAUCAUUCCCAAGAAAAACAGGAUUCGUCGCAGCUCUUCUCUUACUUAUAAUGAUCCAUAUACCCUUGAAAUUGCUUUAGAUAAAUCUGGCAGCCAAGCCAAUGGAACUCUAUAUAUUGAUGAUUUUAAUUCAUUUCAAUAUAGAGAAGGGAACUACUUACUACUUAAAUUCAAUUUUGAGAAAAAUGUUUUGAGUUCAAAAAUUCUAAAAGGCCCAGGAAAAUUUAAAACAAAUGCAUGGUUAGAAAGAAUUAUUGUUGUAGGUCUUCAAAAGCAACCAAAAUCUCUCACACUAUCCAGAAAAAAUGUAAAAUCUAGUGAACUUAUAUUCACAUAUGAUGAAAAUAAGAACAUAUUAACUAUACGCAAGCCAGCUGUCAACAUGGGUGAAGAAUGGCAAAUAAAUUUUUAAUAUAUUUAUUGCCUUAUAAGGCGGCGAGUUUGAGAAUUCUCCAUUUGGAGGGGAGUACUUGCAUUUUGUUAUGAAAGCUUUGAAUGUUUUAUCUCAUUUUUUAAAAAUUUGAUUGGCAAUUUUUCAUUUGUGUAAUAAAUCUUUCACACCUCAGAUAUUAGAUCUUAAAUGGAAAAAAAUUGCAUUAAAAUAAAUUACUCGGCAAAAUGUGAACUGUUCUGAUACUUAUUUACAUUUAAAUGUGUUUGUAAGAAACUAAAUUAAUUUUGCAUUGAAAACUAGUUUUUGCAGAAUGAACUGAAUAUGGUUUUUUUCCCCCCUCAAAUCAUUAAUUUAUCACCAACAGAGCAAUAUAUGUUACUUAAUCCUGUAGACUGUUUUUGCAAAAAAUAAGUAUAUGUUUGUCUGUUAUGUAACUUUAUGAGUCUGAUUAAUAUUUCACCAGAAAAAUCAGCCAAAAGACAAAGUGAAGGCAAAUAAAUAAGUAUAAUGAAGCUAGUUAGCAAUCAACUUAUGUUAUAAUAAAGUUAAUUUUUAAGUAAACUGCUGAAGAAGAAUAUAUAAUUUCCCUUUCAAAAUCAACCCAGAUGUUUUUCUUGUAUUUCUAAUGUAUUUAUUUUCAGUAUAAUUAAUAUUUUUUUCAAGAACUUUUCAUUCAUAUAAAACUUCUAAAAAAUUUCUGCUGUAUAUAAUUAUUAAAAUUUUAAUGUAAGUUAAAUACGCAAGUGAUUGUGCAAUUUAUUUAAAAGCAAAUUUAAUUUUCCAUUAACUAUUCAUUGGCAGUUAUGAUGUCUUUUAAAUUAAUUACACUCUAUAAGAUUGGGGGGAUAAUAUCAGUGAAAUGUCUAAUUUAAUUAAAGCUUUAAUUGUGCCCUGAAUAUUAAAAGUUUUGCUGAUUAUAUCUAAAUUAUUGUACAAAAAAGUGCAGUUGUAAAUAUUUAAUUUGUUUGCAAAUUUUUAAUUGAUAUAAAACUGUUAAAAUAUCUCUUUAACUCCUGGUACUGUAAUAAAAUCUGUCUAAAAUGAGAUCGGUCUAUAUAAAUUUUCAUUAUGAAGAUCUAAUGAGAACAUAUAGUAGUGGUUUAAUUAGAUGUAUUACUGUUACAGAAUGUGUAAUUAACAUUAGCGCAUGUUUCAUUUCAUUACAAUAUGUUCCCACAGAACAGUUUUUGGACUGCAAAGAGCUGAUAUAUAGCUUAAGUUUAAAAGAUCAUUGCUAAAUUUUACCAGUAAUUGCUGCUAUUACAGUAGCCUUUUGUUAGCAGGGUGUCAUUUUUAAAAAUAAUAUGUACAAUACAAAUACCUUUUUCUUGAACAAAGUGAAAGAUACUGCAAAUGUACUGUUAUUUUAAUCCGUUUUACUGGUAAAAUUGCUUCCUUAAAAUGAGAUCAGAUCAAAAUGAAGAGAAAAAUUUAAUGUAUUGGUGUUUUUGAUCCAUUUUUGUAUAAAAAUGAUCUGUUAAAUUCAGAUCAAAUCAAAAUAAGUCUGAAAUUCCACAUUAUAGAUUAAAGUAAAAAUAUUUCUGAUUAUCUUUUGUUUUUAAUAUACCCUUUCUAAAUCCUCUCUCAUUGUAACCUUCUUAAAAAAGCCUGUUUUGUAGCAUUUGUAUAACUCUUUAUUCAAUAUUUGAGAUUUUAUUAUUGUUAUUUUCUUUAUGUUGUUAUAAUUUUUUUUUCAUUAGCAAAGAGAAAAAUAAACAAGCUUUAGAGCUUUUUUUUUUUUUUUUUUUUUUUUUUUUUUUCCCCUGUAAGUAAAUGUUUCAAUAUGAAUUUGAGCUGAAAGAAGUUUUAAAUUUAAAUAAUGAAAUAUAUAUAUUUCUCUGUUACUAAAGGAUAUUGACUUUACUUGUAAUUUAAAUAUAUUUAUAUAUGAACUAAUGAAAAUUAAAAAUUUUACUGGUAUUACAUUUGAGAUAAAAGCUCCAAAUAUGGAAAUUUAUUUCAAAUAGGAACUAAUAGUGCAUAUACAUGACUGUGCAUUAUCACAAUAUUGCAUAAAGUUCAUUGCAUCAUUUCUGGCAGUAGAGGUGAUUAUUGCUUUUGAUUUUCAUCUAGCAGCUGCCCAAGAUCAUAUACUGUAAUGUAAUAUACUAACUCCUACAGGAAAUUAAAGAUAAAUUUUCUUUUGUUACAUACAGAUCUCAUAUCAUUUAGAUUUGUUACAAUUCACAGUUUUUUCAUAUGAGACAUUUUCAAAAAUCGGAAUUUUUUCUAAACAAAAUUUUAAAAAAUUGUCACAAACGGUAAAAAAAGUUGCUCAAUGUUUGUUAAAAAGUACAAAAUGCUGUUAAGAUGUAUAAUAAUAAUAAUACAGUGGAGUACGUUAAAGAGAAAUUUCAGAUAAUGUAAGAAAAUUUAAAUAAUUAUAAAACUGAUUUCAUAUAAGUUAGUUUUUAAAAUUUCAAGAAAUUAAGUAUUCUUGAAUAUCAUGUAUGCAAAAAGAAAUAAUAGUAGGUGCAGGAUUUUUAAUUAAGGAUUACUUUUCUGAUUCAUAUAGUACUGAUCUAUGAGAAGGAAAUUGAAUUGAAAUGGUGUGAAUUGAGUUAUAAUUAUCAAAAGAUUUUAUUUGUAUUUUCCUUGCAAAUGGAAAUAUCUUGAUAUUUAUUAGUGCUUUUUUACUGACUUAAUGCCAGAAAUCAUGUUUGACUCAGUAUUUAAUGCUGUGUUCAAAUUACAUAUUGCAUAUUAUACAGCUUCAUAUUACUGUAAAAAAAAAUUACUUAAAAUUGUAUAAUGGUGCAUCACUAAGUGUAAAUUUCCAAAUUUUGUGCAGAGGUAAUUUAAGUUUUUCUGUUGAUAAUGUUACUUGCUAAUUUUUUUAAUAACUUAACAUUUAACUAACUUAGGUUCUCUAAAUGUAAUUAAUGUUUCUUAAAACAUCCUUUUGUAUUAACAUAUUGUAGGUGGACGAGGGAUGUGUAUCUUGACCCCAUAAAAAGAGCCUGAUCACUUCAGUGCCCAAGGUCAUAUACUCUGGGGGGUGGGCUCCAAAAUAAUUCUGUAAUUCUAUGUAAUCCUGUUUUUCUCUUAAUAAAAACCAGGAAAAUGAAUGUUCAAAGUCUCUGAAAGCAUAUUGUGCAUAUGGCCGUAAUCAUAUCUUGAUCAGAGCCUGGUAAGACGGUCUAAUUUAAUUCACCUCCUUUUCUAAGACCUGUUACAUGCAGCAUUCUGAUCUACCACACUCAACAUGUUGAAUCAUCAACGAUAUGAGACUGGCUCAACUGUAAUGCGCAUUUUAAUAGAUUUUGCCUUUAACCUAUUGUCGUCAUGUACCAAAUGUGAACAUUCCCUUUGUGCCGUGUUAUAUAUUCUCUUCCACAAAGUAUGGAUAAUGCUCAAGUUUAAUAUUUUAGUGCUAGAUUAUGUGGUAUGUACCCUUCUGUCUUUAUUGCCCACGAAGUUGAGUUUUUAUAUCUUGAGUCUUAAUAUAUAAUAAUAGAAAUUUUUUAUAACAAAGCAACAAUGUAUUUUAUAAAUGUUAAAUAGUUAAAAGCCUUUAAAAUAAAUUCAUUAGGUCUUAUAAUAAUGAUAAAUUUUAAUUUUAGAUCACAUGUAUAGCGAUAAAAUAAUAAAAUUUUAAGGCUUUAAUGCUUAAUAAACACUGUACCAGUAUUACUGAAAUACUUACUAUGAUCUUAAAUCAAAUACUUAAUUUAUCAUAUAUUCUCCAGUCUCCAGCUUAUGAAAUAUAUCUGUAUAUCUUUUUUUAUUUACUGAACUGAGGCAAAAAAGUUAACAGUAACUGGUAUGCUAAGCCACAAGACCUGCAUAAUAUGGUAUUUUAAAAUAAGAAAUUUUACCUAGAAAUAAAAAAGAAAAUGCUUACCUUAAAAAAAAAAUG